AUGCGACAUAGUACGGUUGUCAGUCAAGGAGGUGGACUUUAUGUUAUGACACUUACUUGGACUCCAACAGAUAACCAAUAUGGUCCACAAGGUUUUUGUGCUGGUGCUGUUGAUAGCAGUAAUUUACAAUCAGAUGCUUGGUGUAUCACCUAUUUAGUAGGAUUUGACUCACCGAAUCUCAUCCGAGCAACAGUUGUUCAAGGCACUGCUUCACCAAUUGGAACUAUAUUUUCAAAUCACUCAAUAUUUUCUAUACAAGCAACUCGUGAUGUUCAUCGUCCAACUCGAAAUGGAACCUACAUAAAGUUUAUGGACGCUACAACUAACACAUCAGUACAAACAUUUGAUGCUGGAUGGCAAUCAAAUAUAUUGUAUACUGGAAAUACAAUCAUUAUCAUAACGAAUUAUACGUGGAUUCCAGGACGUCGUUAUUAUGUUCUUUUUGAUAGUGGGCCUGAAUCAGCUCCAAUAACUGAUUCAACAUUUUGGGCUUUCAAUAUAUGGGAUCCUGGUGUAUCAAGCACAACCACAACUACUACCACGCCUCCAACAACAGGAACUGUAACAACUCGACCAUUAUCAACAACGACUGUUAAUACAUUGUUAACAACCACUGGUCUUCAUGUUACUUCUACUAAUGUUAUAAUCACAACUACUACUGAAUCUACGACAACUUCAACUACUACAUCCAGUAAUAUUUGA